AAAGUUUUCAUGAUUGGGUGCUUGGUGGUUGUUCAAAUAUUUUUUCUAUUCAAAUUUAAUUGCAGGUCUCUAAACGAUAUUAAGCGUAACUAGGGUUCUAUCAAAAACUUUAAGAUGUCUCGAACAAUACGAUACUCCUCAGACGAGGAUAAUACCUAUGACAAAUGGAGAACCAAGACCAUAAUACUUGACCAGUUGAGGCUAAGGCAUACCGAUGUUGGCAAUUUCAUCGUUGGCGAAAAAAUGAUGCAACUGUUAACGCCAUUCGUUUAUGAGAAAUUGUCGCCGAAUGUUUCCCUAACUAAUGUUAAAAUUAAAGCCCUAGCAGAAACUCCUAUUCCAAUUCUAUUGUGGGAAAGCCCCGAUGGGAUUAACCUGUUGAAGACACUCCAUAAUACUGCAGAAGAAAUGAAAUUCAUAACGAAGAGUGCAGGGUAUAUCCUCUAUUUGGUAGAUGAUAUUCGCAAUGAAAUAUACAUUUGCAACAAGAACCUCGAAGAGGUGAAUGGGAGAAGAUACGCUUGGGCAAUUGAUCGAGAAAAAACCAUUGCUGUGUAUGUUGCCAAGGAAAAAAAGGCUAUUAUACGAAAUGAUAGUUUGAUUGAUGCAAGAUUUCCAGAAGGUCAAGAUUUGGGAGAUUUUUUUGCAAGUAAUAUCCUAACUAUUCCUGUGAAGGAUGAUUCAACCUGUGUCGCUGUAAUCGAAUUGUAUCGAGUUGAUGGUGUUUCCUAUGAUGAGAAUGACUUGGGUAUUACUACAUAUCUAGCAGAAUUAGCCGGCGAUGUGAUAGCUGGAAACAAAAAUAUAGUUGGAAUUAGAAUGGAAAACGAAAUUAAUGAUAUACUCCUAGAAUACACAGUAACCACUUUACCCAUUCAAACUAGCCAAGAAGGAGAAUUUGUCUAUGCACAGCACUUAGUCAACUACGCCAGUAAUCUCCUCAACUCAAGUUCGGUGACAUUUUUCUCUCUAAAAGACAAUGGUCUGCUGAAAGUGAUGGGUACGAACAAAGGCAAUCCAGCUUUAAAGUUGAAUCCUCACAAGAAGAAGUUGAGAAUCGCAAAAGAAAUUGAAAUAGCCGACAUUAUAAGAAACAGUCGCUCCAUAGUAAACUUCGCCGAUGUAUUCAAUGAUCCCAGAUUCGAUAAGUCCGUUGACCGUCAUAUCGGUCUUUUAAUCCGAUCUGUUUUAGGUUGUGGAAUCAACAAAAAGAACGGACAGCAUUUCGGCGUAUUGAUGGCAAUCAAUAAACAAACGGACCAUAAGUACACUCCGACCGAUGAAAUGAUCAUUGAAACCUUUGCUAAAUAUUUGACCAUUGGUUUAGAAUAUAUGAGUGAAGUUAUAAACCAUUCUGAGCAGAGACGCACUAACAACGCGUUGGAAGGAGUACUGAUCCACCAGCUCUCUAAGCGACUAAAAACCCCAGAAGUAUUCAGUUGGGAAGAAACUGUCUAUAUUCCGAACGAAUUUCACGAAUACACAUUCGUACCUGACGACCCAGAAUUACUUGAAAUCCCGAAAUAUAUCUAUUACAUUUUCAACAGCUUACUACCAAAACUUGUUCCCAACAAGAAUAACUUGUACACCCUCAUAUUUGCCGCGAAAAAAAUUUACAGAGAAGAGAAUCGCUUCCACAACUUUCAUCAUGCCUUCAAAUGUGUGCAUGCCAUGUACUUAAUUUUGAAGCAACAUCCUGAAGUGUUCGAUGAUAACAUAGAGAAAUACGCAAUGUUAAUGGCGGCUCUUUUGCACGAUUGCGACCAUCGUGGGCUGUCAAUCAAAUAUUUGGAGCUUGUUUCUCAUCCAAUGAUCAAUCGGUCACUUUCAACGCCGCUGGAGGCCUAUCACUACCAGUUAGGGAAGCUGAUUCUAAAGUAUUCGAAGGUACUCGAACAGUUUGAUGCCGAAGAACUUGUCGUAUUUGGCAGAGUAUUCAAGGAAUCUGUUAUGGGCUCCAACCUUAGUCUAUAUAUGAAAACAUAUACCAAGAUCAAAAAUUUACUGGAAACUGAUGAAUUUGAUUGGCAUAAUGAAGACCAUCGAGGCUUGGUUCGCGGAAUUGCUAUAGUCUCUACCGAUUUUGCUGGAUUUGCAAAACCUCUUGAACAUACAUACAAUUUAUCGUACGCCCUAUAUGCCGAAUACUUCGCCGAAGGAGAAAAGAUCAAGGAGUUGGGGUUGAAACCACCGCCAAUUUUAGAUAAUGAUACAUACAAUGAAAUCCCCACACGCGAAGCUACCUUUUGCUCGGCGGUUGUCCUUCCUUGCUAUGAAAUUUUGAUGAAAAUUCUCCCGAACACAACACCACUUUAUCUGAACAGCACCAAAGCACUAAAAAUGUGGACCCAGGUGGCUGAUGGAACCCAAACAGUGCUACCUAACCAGAGUGAAGACAUUUUAAGCCAAAUUGUUGGAGAUUCAAGUUCUACCUCAACAAAUUAAAUGAAGUGGGUUUAUAUUUUAAUAUAAAAAUAUACAUAUUACUAAGACCAUAUAAAUAGUGUAAAGUAGUAUAAAUAUGUUUCUAAAUUCCAAAGGGCAGAUAUGCCAUC